GAAGAAGUGCUAGAGAGAGAGACAGGAGGAACAAGAACACGAGAAAUUAGGGUUUGAGAAGCUGCUCGUUAACCUUUUGCUCUCUCUCUCUCAGGAAAAGAUGAUUAUUCCAGUGCGUUGUUUCACUUGUGGAAAGGUGAUCGGAAACAAAUGGGAUAUGUAUCUCGAUUUUCUACAGGCUGAUUACACAGAAGGAGAUGCUCUUGAUGCACUAGGGUUGGUGAGAUACUGCUGCAGACGAAUGCUGAUGACUCAUGUGGACCUUAUUGAGAAACUGCUCAACUAUAACACCUUGGAGAAAACUGAUGCCAGUUAAAUGUCGAGGGAGAAAGAGACUUGGGAGGCUAGUUGGGCAUGCUUUUUUUUUGUAAAAAUAUGUCUGUUCUUUUUCUUUUGAUGUCCGAAGAACUUGAGCACCUGACUACUCAUCCUUAUAUUAUGUCUUAGAACUGUUAGUAAAAGAACUGUUCCCCUUGGAAUAGACUAAUAUAAUAUUGCAAGAACUGCUUACUGGAUUAGGAUUCCUUUCUUGAUCUACUAAAUGUUUAGUGCAUCUUAAC